AUGUAUGUUAAUAUUUUCCACUUUUCUAAACAUAAAUUUAUUUUCCUCUUUAUUGCUUCUUUUGGAAAACAAAGCAUUGGAGAAUCUGAAGUAGAUUAUCUGUUCCCUUGGAACUCUUCAAAACAUCAGAUCAAUGAUAAAAAAAUUCCAGAAGAAUUUUCUCAAUCGAAAAAAAAGAAGUUUUGUGCAGACUGA